CUCGUUUGGAAGCGAUUGGGGUACCUGACACGCCCUUGGCCUGUUGGGCUAACCAGAACUCCUUUACUCGACCAAUUGAUUCAUCGUUACUCAUCGAUGGAGCCCGACGGCACUUCUCUGGCCCGCACGGUAUCCCACCACCCCACCUACCCCCCUCCCCGCCCUCCCAACCAGGACACCGUAAGCCGUGCGGCGCCGCAAGCGCCUCAGAACGAGCGAUCCCAGAGCAACAUCAGCCAGAUCAGCGAGGCAUUAAGGGACGAGAACUUCUUCAACUUCACCGACGGGAGCUUCGUGUGGACCUUUGGGGAUAACUACUGCGGCCAAGUGCUCAAUGAGGGGACAGGUGCGGUGCCAGUGGCAUGUGGCAGUUUCGAUGGACGGAUGGACGGAUGGACGGAUGUGUGUCUGUGUGUGUGUUAAGAGCCGGUUCGGCAGCCUGUGUUGCUGACCAAGCUACGGAAGCAGCGGAUACUCAAGGUGGCGUGCGGCUUCGAAACCACAUGGAUCAUCGGCGACAACGGAGGUACGCCACCCAACCGACGCGCCAACCGACCAAGGCACUCUCCCUCUCUGCGUGCCUGUGUUGGCCUGUUGUGUGUGUGUGUGUGUGUGUGGUUCAGAUGUGUGGGCAGGCGGCAGCAACGACAGCGGUCAGGUGACGGGUCUGAUGGAUGACGAAUACGACAUGGCCGAGCAGGACGAGGCCAUGCAACCAACAGAGGGACCACCCACUGGAGAGAACGACAACAAGCGGCCCAGGUCCGCACCCACAACGUCGCGGGGCGCACCCGACUCCAUCAAUCACGCCAAGCGGCUCGAGCUUAGGGUGGGUGGGCAAUGGGCAGGCAACGAAUUGGAGUGAGCCCGUGUGAUUGAGAGGUGUGAUGGUCUGUGUGUUGUGGCCCGCCUAUCUGUCAGGAGAAUCAGAAGGUGCGGACGUUGCAGAGUGGGCGGGACCACACCGUGGCCGUGCUCGACUCGGGAGGUACACAUGCGUGCCGACACUCCAACAAAUGCAUCCUGAGAUGAGAUGGCACGUGCCGUCGUCCUUGUUCCAUCCAGUCGCCCUGUCUUUUGGCUCCAACGAGUUCGGCCAGCUGGGUCACGGCACGCCGCCCAGCAUACAAAGGUCCGUCAAUGGCCGACACGUACACACCAUGACUGUACACUCUGAUGGAUGGACCGAUCGACCUGUGUGUGUUGCAUCCAUGUGUAGGUGCAAGGCUGGAGUGAUGCGUGUGUCGCCUGGUUCAAAGGUGCAGUCGGUGGCAUGUGGCCAGGGCUUCACCAUUGUGCUGAUGGCGACGGGGCAGCUGCUGAGCUGCGGCGACGGGGGCCAAGGAUGCCUCGGACACGGAAGCCUCGAAAGCAGGUACGUCACGAUGACCACAUGCAGAGAGAGAUGUGCUUGUCUAAGUCUCUUACCUCCCACCCCACAGGAGCGCCCUUGGUCCGAUUCCUACAUUGAUGGGCAUGCCGAUGAACCAGGUGGCGUGUGGCGUCAACCACUGCAUGGCGCUGAGCAUCACUGGGGAGGCCUAUGGGUGGGGGAAAUGCCGAGACGGACAGCUGGGCCUGGGCGACACUGUCAGCGACGACAAGAAGCUCGUGCCGUGCCGGGUGCCGAUCGAAAGGGCCAAGUACGUCGCCUGUGGGGGCGCUCACAGCGCCAUUAUCGCGCGCAAAGGACGGUGAGCGAAAGAGACAAGGGCAGAGGGUUGCUGUGUCUACUUUCUUUUCAUGAGCCCCUCUCUCUCUGUUGGCUGCCGUGAAGGCUUCUGAUGACGGGCAGCAACAAGUACGGCCAGCUCGGUGCACCAACAGGUUGGUACAUACCUCCCUCCCUCCCUCCCUCCUUACACAAGCACACCACCCGAAGGAACGAAGCACCAUCCUCCCUCCCUCCCUCCCUGUCUGUGUCUGUGUCUGUGUGCAGGUUUGGUUGAGGACCGUCGCGAGUUCGCCCCUGUAGAGGCGUUGGCUGAGAUGAAGAUCCGCAUUGCCCAGCUGGGGCUGCGGCACACACUCUGCAUCACCUACAUGGGCACACUGCUGGCAUUCGGAUGCAACCAACACGGGCAACUCGGCAUCGGUCUGACAGACAGACAGACAGACAGACAGACACGAAAAGAGAAAAGACCAAUCAAUUCAGCUCUCUGCUAUGCCAUCCGUUGCUGCGUGUGUGUGGCCUACAGGUUCUGAUGAAGCGUUGGUGUGUCAGCCGACGGAGAUCACAUUCAAAGGUACCUAGCCCUCCCACCGACGGACGGGUCAUGCGUCCGUCGUCUCGGAUGAGGAUCUCUCCUCCCCUCUCUGUGCUGUGCGAAGAUGUGCCCCACCAGCGGCAGUUCUUCUUCUCCCUCUCGUCGGGUCAGGACCAUGCCAUCGCCGUCGCAACCAGCGACCCGCCGCUGCGCGUCAAAAAGGGUGGGUACACACACGCACACACACACACACACACAGAGAGAGAGAGGGCAUCUGGGCAGCAGCAGACAUGUGUGAUGCGAUGUGAUGUGUAAGUUAGGUUCGGGUACACGUGAGAUCGACGAGUGGUUGGCCAAGGAGAGGAGCAUGAUCCGCACUUUCUCCGACUACCGCAACGAGAAGGGCCUGCGGCUGUCGGACUUCCCCCGAUACGUUUCCUCAGACCUCUCACCCAUGAGGAAGGUCAGACAGACAGACAGACAAACAGACAGACAGACAGACAGACAGACAACCAGUCGCCGACCAAGGCACGGCACAGAGGAACAACACAAACACGUAUCGGUUGUGUGCAGGCACUGAGGGCGUUCGCGUCGAGCGUCGAGUCUGGCACUGGUGGGUGGCUGGCUCGGGGCAUCCAUAUUAUAAACGUUUGUGUGGAUCCACCUACCUACCUAUCUCUGUGUGUGUGUGUGCAGGUGUGACGGCUCAGGAGCUGCGAGAGGUCAUCGACGCCCACUCCCUUGACAUCAUCCCACUCAAACACCAACUCCACGUCAUCCUCGUAAUCAUAACACACCCACACCACACCCACACCCCCAAGCACGCCGCCACCUGCCUGCAGUGUGCAGUGCACUCACUCUCCCGCCCCUCUGUCGUGUCCCAGGCCGAUGUGCACACGAUGAACGCCUCAUUCCUUGUCGGAGGUCAGUGAGCAUACACACAGACAGACACACACACAGGCAGAAACGACGCAGUAGCUAAAGAGCACCAGUCGAUGUGUGUCUUGUUUGUGCACAGUGAAGCGAAAGCUGUUUGACGCUGAGGGUCUGGAGAGCGCCUACAGACAGCUGUUCGCACUCUCGCAGAUCGCCGACAUCAUUCCAGAACUCAUCUCGCACUUCGAAAAGGCACAAAACACAACAGAACGCAAUCAUACUCAACAGACACAUGGAUGGAUGGAUGGAUGGCUGCAGUGUCUGAUGUCGGUGGCCACCUACGAGAAGGAGCUCCGCACCAGCGACCAACUCCGCUUCAUCAUGGAAAGCAACCCAAGAGAGAGAGAGAGAGAGAGGCAAAACGACCGAGCCAUCCAGAAACACGCCCCGUGUGUUAUGUGUGUGUGUGCGCGCGGAUGUCUGCAGAUCAUUCUGCAGUGUCCGCUGUUUUCGGUGCCGACGAGCCUGACAGUGCCGCUGAUGGCCAAGCUGGCCGAGGUGACGUUCAAGCUCAGCCAGAGGGGCAAGGAGACACUCGUGCGCAUGGCCAAGGAAGACACCACGGUCAGUCUGUGCACCCACUGACUUAGGGAGGGAGGGAGCGAGGGAGGGGGAGGGACAGAGAGCGGGCUUGGCACACAUGAAUGUCAUCCUCUCCGUGUUGUGUGGUGUUUUGAUUUGUUCAGCCUGAGGUGUUUGGUGGUCGUCUGGUGGCCCACGUGGUGGCGUACCUCAACCACCAGAUCGAGCACCACACACCCCACUACAGGCAGCUCGAGCGAAUCUGGUAUGUAUACGUGGAACGAAGAGACAGAUACCUACGGAUGGACAUCAAUCACAUCUGCGCUCCAUCCACUCACUCCACGUGGGUGUCUGUCGUUUGCGUGUGGUGUGCAUGUCAUGUGUGGCCACCUAGGCAUGCGGUGCAUCUGCUUCAGCUCUUGUACUUGGCCAAUUGGGAGUGCGCCAAGGAGAGAAAGGUCGACGAAAACGGAGGUAGGUGAGGUCAGUCAGUCAGUGCAUCCCUCCCUCGCCGACAGGCCCGACAGACAGACCCAACACACCACCACACCACACACAUCACAUAGCUCAGUCAGCUCGCCUCCCUAUGUUAUGUUUCCCUUUGUGUGUGCAGCGUCUCGUGACUUCCGCAUUCCGCUGCAGCGGUUCCACCUGGACGGCAUCACGCGCUUCAUCGACGUGGUGUCUGAGUGCAAGAUGUUCUACGAACUGUUCCGCGACCCCAAGCACCAGGACCAGGAGGGCCACCGGCUGGCCUGGCGGCCCCAACAGGUCCUCACCGUCUCGCAGCUCAACCACUCCAACACCUUCUUCCUGGCGCACCACAACCUCUGCCCCUUGCCGUACAAGCGGAAGGCGCUGCGGGUGGAGGCCGGGCGAUAUCAGGAGGAGUACAUGGUGCGGUCGCUCAUACAGAUGGAGAUUCCCUACUUCGUCGUCACCGUGCAGAGAGACAACCUCCUCAACGUACAGACAGGCGGCAGACGCCCACACACACACACACGUGUGUGCAGUAGAGUGACGGUGCGAGUGUGUGUCGUGUCGUUGUGUGCAGACGGCUUUGGCGCGCAUAAUGAGCGUGGCUCAGGGUUCGCCCCACGAGUUCAUCAAGCCGCUCAAGAUCAAGUUUGAGAACGAGGAGGGCGUCGACGAGGGCGGCGUGCUGCGCGAGUUCUACCGGCUCAUCACCCAGGAGGUCCUCAACCCGGACUUCGGCAUGUUCGUAUACAACGAACAGAUACGCACCAUCUGGUUCAACAGGUCAGACAGACAACCCAACACACUUUCGCGCCGCGCCGCGCCGCACGGGGGAGGGCACCCUUAUCUAUGUAUCUGUUGGGCUGGUGUUGGUGUGCCCGUGUGCUGGCUGUAUGGGUGCAGGUUGUCUCUUGACGACAACCUGUCGAUGUUUGCCUUUGUCGGCAUCCUCCUGGGGCUGGCGCUAUACAACAGUGAGUGCAGUGAGCCACAUGACACAGACGGAAGGAACACCUGACAUGACUGACACACAACACACUCCCUCAGCACACUCACUGCAGUCAUCCAAGAGUGCGUGGCUGUCCCCGUCUGUUUGUGUCCCCCGCAUAUAUAUCAGAUGUGUUGUUGGAGCUGCCCUUCCCUCUCGCCCUCUACAAGCUGCUGCAGCACGAACCCAUCGGUACGUGCCCUUUGAGACACACACUGCGGCGGCGCACGAGACCGCCACACCCAUGGUCGUCCCAUCGAUGGGUGUUCUAUCUGAGUCGCUCAGGUCUUGAGGACUUGGCGGAUACCUUCCCCGACCAGGCGCACAGCUUCGUGAGCGGACCUGAUUGAUUGCAGCCAUGGGGAAAGAAAGAGAGUGUGUGACUGACUUGUGUGCACUGCACGUUUGUGUGUGUCUGUAAUGGUAUGGUUGCAGCAACAAAUACUCGACCACCAGCCGGGCGAGGAGGUGAGCAAACGCACGCAGAGAGUAUAAGGCCAGGGAAGGCCAGGCUAGGGAGGCCAGGAAGGUCGAGCCAGCCGGGGAGAGUUGCGAGCUAGUCAAAACUCCCCCGGGAGGGCUUGAACCUCCGACCUUGCGGUUAACAGCCGCACGCUCUAACCAACUGAGCUACGGAGGAUGCAUAUUGGUAGGUGGACACCUCCCAGUACAUCCCUGUGUUUGUUCUCUUCGUUGCCGGCGUUCGUGUCAGUUUGACGCGGCGUUUGGUGAGCUGCCAUUCGAGGUGACGUUCGAUUACUUCGGCGAGACCAAGGUGAGCGCAAGGCAGGCAGGCCAAUCGAUGGGCAAUGAGCAGCAGGACGGCGAUGGGUAGAUCUGUCUUUCUCUGACUGUGUGUGUGUGUGUGUGUUGUGUGUCAGACUGUGGAGCUGACAGAGGGCGGGUCUGAGAAGACACUCACAUACGACAACAGACAGGUCACACACAGACACGGACACGCACACAGACAGGCAGACAGACAGACAGACUGACACAUUCGGCCACGCAAUUGUCUGUCUGCUUUGACUGACUGUCUUGUUCUGUCUGUCUGUCUGUGCACAGGAUUAUGUGGAGCUCUACACUCGUUACCUGUUGGUGGACAGCGUCAAGGAGCCCAUCGAGCGCUUCUGCAAGGGAUUCAGGGGCGCCGCCCAUUCGGAGCUCAUCACUGUCGUCACGCCCAGCGAGCUGCAGCUCCUGAUGUGCGGGACGCCGCAGCUGGACUUUGAGGAGCUGAGGAAGGGUGCACGCUACGACGGCGGCUACACUCCCGACCACCCAUACAUCAACACCUUCUGGCAAAUCCUCAUGGUAUGCAUGUCAGCUCAGCGCAGCGCACCCCACACUGUGACACUGCCGUCCGGUCCGGUGUGAUGUGAUGCUGGGUUGCCAUGGUUGGUGAUGUGUGGCUGCAGAGUUUUGAUCAGGAGCACAAGCGCAAGUUCCUGAUCUUCUGCACCGGCAGCGACCGAGCGCCGCUGGGCGGCCUCGAGGAUCUGAGAUUGCUCAUACAGCGCAACGGCACUGAGCCGACGGUGCGGCUGCCGACGGCAUACACGUGUUACAACGCCCUGCUGCUGCCCGAGUACGCUGACGGCGACAAACUGCAGAAGCUGCUCGUGCAGGCAAUCGAGCAGGCCGAGGGAUUCGGACUCAGAUAGAUAGAACGAGGCAGGCAGACAUUUGGGGAGGCCGGUUGGUUGGUUGGCGUAUGUAUUUGUGAGGGGUGUGGUGUGCGCUGCGCGUUUUUUGUCGCGUGUGUCGCUGGAUGUGAUGUGGGCUGCUGCUUCCGUGCCUCCAUACCUACCCUACCUACCUGGCUGGCUGCAGUCACUGGUGUGUGCAGACCAGACCCCGACCGAC